UCCCGCGGCGUCGGCGGGAGCGGCCCGGGCCGGGCGGGAGUGCGUUCCGCGGCGGCCAUGCCCACCAACUUCACCGUGGUGCCCGUGGAGGCGCGCGCCGACGGCGGCGGGGACGAGGCGGCCGAGCGGACGGAGGCGCCGGGCACCCCCGGGGACCCCGAGCCCGAGCGCCCCAGCCCGGGAGAUGGAAAUCCGAGAGAAAGCAGUCCAUUCCUCAACAAUGUGGAGGUGGAGCAGGAAAGCUUCUUGGAAGGGAAGAACAUGGCGCUUUUUGAGGAGGAGAUGGACAGCAACCCCAUGGUGUCCUCGCUGCUGAACAAGCUGGCCAACUACACCAACCUGAGCCAGGGCGUGGUGGAGCACGAGGAGGAUGAGGACAGCCGGCGGCGUGAGGCCAAGGCUCCGCGCAUGGGUACCUUCAUCGGCGUCUACCUGCCGUGCCUGCAGAACAUCCUGGGCGUCAUCCUCUUCCUGCGCCUGACGUGGAUUGUGGGGGUGGCCGGCGUCCUGGAGUCCUUCCUCAUCGUGGCCAUGUGCUGCACCUGCACAAUGCUGACAGCCAUUUCCAUGAGUGCCAUCGCCACCAACGGUGUGGUCCCAGCUGGCGGCUCCUACUACAUGAUAUCGCGCUCGCUGGGACCCGAGUUCGGAGGCGCCGUCGGCCUCUGCUUCUACCUGGGCACCACGUUCGCCGGGGCCAUGUAUAUUUUGGGGACCAUUGAGAUUUUUCUGACAUACAUCUCUCCGGGCGCGACCAUCUUCCAGGCGGAGGCCGUGGGUGGCGAGGCGGCCGCCAUGCUGCACAACAUGCGGGUGUACGGCACGUGCACGCUGGUGCUCAUGGCCCUGGUGGUCUUCGUGGGCGUCAAGUAUGUCAACAAGCUGGCGCUGGUCUUCCUGGCCUGCGUGGUGCUGUCCAUUCUGGCCAUCUACGCUGGCGUCAUCAAGUCCGCCUUCGACCCCCCGGACAUCCCGGUCUGCCUCCUGGGGAACCGCACGCUGUCACGGCGUGGCUUCGAUGUCUGCAUCAAGGCCCGCCUCGUCCAGAACAGCUCGGCCACCUCUGCCCUCUGGGGCCUCUUCUGCAACGGCUCCCAGACCAGUGCCACCUGUGAUGAGUACUUCACCCAGAACAACAUCACUGAAAUCCAGGGCAUCCCCGGUGCGGCCAGCGGCGUCUUCCUGGAGAACCUGUGGAGUGCGUAUGCACAGGCGGGGGCGUUUGUGGAGAAGGAAGGUGUGCCCUCGGUGCCCGUGGCAGAGGAGAGCCGCGCUGGCACCCUGCCCUACGUGCUCACGGACAUCGCAGCCUCCUUCACCCUGCUGGUCGGCAUCUACUUCCCCUCCGUGACCGGUAUCAUGGCGGGUUCCAACCGGUCCGGAGACCUCAAGGAUGCACAGAAGUCCAUCCCCACGGGGACCAUCCUGGCCAUAGUGACCACGUCUUUCAUCUAUCUCUCCUGCAUCGUGCUUUUUGGGGCCUGCAUCGAAGGCGUGAUCCUGCGAGAUAAGUUCGGGGAGGCCCUGCAGGGGAACCUGGUCAUCGGCAUGCUGGCCUGGCCCUCGCCCUGGGUCAUCGUCAUCGGCUCCUUCUUCUCCACCUGCGGGGCUGGCUUGCAGAGCCUCACGGGGGCACCGCGCCUGCUGCAAGCCAUUGCCCGCGAUGGCAUCAUCCCCUUCCUGCAGGUGUUUGGCCAUGGGAAGGCCAACGGGGAGCCCACGUGGGCGCUGCUGCUGACGGUCCUCAUCUGCGAGACUGGCAUCCUCAUCGCCUCCCUGGACAGCGUGGCCCCAAUCCUCUCCAUGUUCUUCCUCAUGUGCUACCUGUUUGUGAACCUGGCCUGCGCCGUGCAGACGCUGCUGCGCACCCCCAACUGGCGUCCCCGCUUCAAGUACUACCACUGGACCCUGUCCUUCCUGGGCAUGAGCCUGUGCCUGGCGCUGAUGUUCAUCUGUUCCUGGUACUACGCGCUCUCCGCCAUGCUCAUCGCCAGCUGCAUCUACAAGUACAUUGAGUACCGUGGGGCUGAGAAGGAGUGGGGUGAUGGCAUCCGCGGCCUGUCCCUGAAUGCUGCCCGCUAUGCGCUACUGCGCGUGGAGCAUGGUCCCCCCCACACCAAGAACUGGAGGCCCCAGGUGCUGGUGAUGCUGAACCUGGACGCCGAGCAGGCUGUGAAGCACCCUCGCCUGCUGUCCUUCACGUCACAGCUAAAGGCUGGCAAGGGCCUGACCAUUGUGGGCUCGGUGCUGGAGGGGACAUACCUGGACAAGCACUUGGAGGCUGAGCAGGCGGAGGAGAACAUCCGGUCCCUGAUGAGCGCGGAGAAGACCAAGGGCUUCUGCCAGCUGGUGGUCUCGUUCAGCCUGCGGGACGGCAUGUCCCACCUCAUCCAGUCGGCCGGCCUGGGGGGUCUCAAGCACAACACAGUGCUCAUGGCCUGGCCUGCGUCCUGGAAGCAGGAGGACAACCCCUUCUCCUGGAAAAACUUUGUGGACACCGUCCGUGACACCACCGCCGCGCACCAGGCUUUGCUGGUAGCCAAGAACAUCGACGCUUUCCCGCAAAACCAGGAGCGCUUCAGCGGGGGCCACAUCGACGUGUGGUGGAUUGUGCAUGACGGCGGCAUGCUCAUGCUGCUGCCCUUCCUGCUGCGCCAGCACAAGGUGUGGAGGAAGUGCCGGAUGCGCAUCUUCACGGUGGCCCAGGUGGACGACAACAGCAUCCAGAUGAAGAAAGACCUGCAGAUGUUCCUGUACCACCUGCGCAUCAGCGCCGAGGUGGAGGUGGUGGAGAUGGUUGAGAACGACAUUUCUGCCUUCACCUACGAGAGGACGCUGAUGAUGGAGCAGAGGUCGCAGAUGCUGAAGCAGAUGCAGCUGUCUAAGAACGAGCAGGAACGAGAGGCCCAGCUGAUCCAUGACAGGAACACCGCGUCCCACACCACAGCGGCAGCCAGGACCCAGGCGCCACCCACGCCGGACAAGGUACAGAUGACCUGGACCAGGGAGAAGCUGAUCGCCGAGAAGCACAGGAACAAAGACGCCAGCCUGUCCGGGUUCAAAGACCUCUUCAGCAUGAAGCCAGAAUGGGGAAAUCUGGACCAGUCCAACGUCAGGCGGAUGCACACGGCCGUGAAGCUCAACGGCGUCGUCCUCAGCAAGUCCCAGGAUGCGCAGCUGGUCCUUCUCAACAUGCCGGGCCCCCCAAAAAACCGGCAGGGGGACGAGAACUACAUGGAGUUUCUUGAGGUCUUGACCGAGGGGCUGAACAGAGUCCUCUUGGUCAGGGGCGGCGGCCGGGAGGUGAUCACCAUCUACUCCUAACGCUCAGCAGCAUCGCGGCGCGCUGGGGCGGGCACGGGGGAUGGCGUGGGCAGCCUGCACCCAGGCUCGGCCCAGGGAAACAGACGGCAGACACACCUGUCCCCAGCAAUGCCGCCUGGCCUGCCAUGGGGCUUCCUUCUGAGGUUUCUAGGCCCGCCACCUAGGGCUCUCCUGUUCAGCAGCCUUAAACCACAGGCUGGGCCGGCGAGGGCAUGACUGGAUUUCCUUGAGUCCGAGGGCGGACGCGCCUGCAGGAGUGACCUGGACACGGCCGGAUCUUCUUGCAGGUCACGAGAGGCCAGCGACCCCUCGCUUGGUUUCUGGAAGUCCUUUUCCUUGGCUGGACUUACCCAGUGGUUAGAUUGCAUUUCUCCCUUAUCCGGAACAUUCUUGGAAGAGCACCGGAGCUGAGGCUGUCCCUGGUGAUAAAGGUGAAAUGUCAGCCCCAGCCACGGCUCCCUGCAGGGUCUUGGUCGCCUCUGAGUCGCUCUGUUCCUUGGUUGUUUUUGCAUUUCUGCACCUCAAGGCAGCAAAACUGGGGACACUGUCCACGCCUGCAUCACCCUCGUGUGGGAGCCUCUGGGCUCGGCAGGUCCAUGCUUCACCAGCUGGCGUGGCCGGGGCCAUCUGGAAACGGAACUCAGUUUUUCUGGAAUGCGCUGGACCACCUGUCGGGUGUAUGGUGAACAUGGUGUGUCCCUGGGGGCUUAUGCUCCAGGAAGGAGCCCCCAGCUGUCUGUCUGCCACGCCAGGCCGUGUCUGCUGCCAUCCAAGUCUCCAUCCGCCUUCAGAAAACCAGCCGCUUCAUUCAUGAGCACUGAUGGGGCCCAGCUCACGGCACUGGUGCUGUCAGCGCCUCGUGCAGGUGAAUGCACUGAAACCCAGGUGCGCAGGUGUGUACGCGGAGUGAACGCCGAGUUCCCCCCACAGCCCACUACAGUUGGGACUCCACCCCACGAGCACGGCACACGGUUCAGCCUCUGAGCUGGCUCACACGUGGCAUCCCUACCCUGGCACUCCAGAGAAGGGGGACACGGCCUCUGCGUGGGAGGUCCUCGGACAGCAGUGGCGCCUGGCGUGAGGUCUGUCCGGCUGACUCCCAGGCAUCCCCUGCCGUGGCCUGUGUCUUUCGUGGAGGCGGCAGUGGCACUGAAAAGAGAUACCUGUCAAGGUCCCAGCACACUUUUCACUUCCGCUGUGAGUUUCUGCUUUGUAGGUUGUGGUUGCAUCUGCAGGCUGCGGCGGUGGCACUGCCUGGGGCCUCCCUUUCUGUGUGGCUUAUUUAUUUAUUUAAACACCCAGGGAGUUCGUGGUAACGCCUUCCAUCAAGAGGCUGCUUCUAUACUAGAGGCCCCAGGUGGCCAGGCCCUGGGCCGUGUCCGGCUUGCACGGUCUCCCGAGGGAAUCAGCCCCAUCGCCGAAGUUCAAAGCCGGGCAGAGGCUGCACGUGUGCUUCCAGACGUUUCUGAGGCGCUGCACUGGGGCUGGCAUUGCUGUAGAGUCGGCUGCCCAGAGUGUGUCCCAGACAUCACCGCAGGGCCCAGCAUUCCCGCAGCCUCUGCCCGUCUCGGCUGAGCCCUGAGUUCAGCAGCAGAACUCUCCUCCGCGUCUGGGUGGGGCCGACAGGUCCUGCGUCCCCUGCACCUGGAGGAGAGCAGGCUGGAGGCGCGGUGGCCUGUGAACCUUGGUUGGUGGCUGGGAGACCCUGCGUGCGGGACGCCUCUGAGGGCCACUGAGUCCUCCCACGAGACGCCUCAUGAGGGCCCCACUCUGCCUCUGCCCUGGGCUGUGGCUUCUGUGCGCAGCAACGCGAGGCACCCUUCCCCUUGUCGGCUCGUGUCACCGGUAACUGCAGCUGUUGAAAGUUGAUUCCGUGUUCCCUUUGUAGGUUCCUUUGUACAAUUUUGUUAGUAGCAAAAUAAAAUCCUAAUAAAUCUGA